GGAUGGAAUAUUUUCCAUGUAUUUUCUAUUCCGGAAAAAAGACAAACGAGGAAAACAAUUGAUUCAAGCUGCACUCUCAUUCUCUUGCCUUCCUUUUGGCCAAGAUGGAACUCACAAGAAUGAUCACGCCAUGGCUGGCGAAUACCAAAACAGAGGGGGUCACCGCGAUGUCGGCGCCUACUUCGGGGGAAGCCAUGAACACCUAUUCAAAGGCAAAGCUGCUGGUCACUAUUUUUUUGUUUCGGGUUUGCUAUCUUUCUGGGAUGGUCGUUUCCUCUCACUUUCUUCUGGAACACAACCCGGGAGACGAUGUGUUGCGGUUUGAUAUGCGAUUAAACGACGUCAAUGGCUGUUUUUGCCUACAGGGUCAAGCCUGCGACAACGGCGCCACCGACUAUACCGCGAGUGAUUGUGCCAUUCUAUCAAAUCAUUCGUCGAAUGGAUCUCAGAGGUAUUGGGAAUUCCUACUGACACCUUUCACCAAAUGGGAUGCAGCGCGAUUUUUACAUCUUGCAACAAACCCUUCUAUGAGAGAUCCACCACGAUAUUUAUUGUCCCCGCCAUCACCGUCAGAAAACCCGUGGGAAAGUUCGGAGCAAGCACAUGCAUUUUUGCCCAUGUUUCCUAGUAUUCUACAACACUUUUCCCUUUUUCUGUACCACAUCUUGCCAGAACAGAUCUUGCCACCCACUUUUGAGAGUCUGGUCGUUUUAAGUGGCAUUUUAUUCAACAACUUUUUCUGUUUGACGGUAGCUACUUUGGGACUGUAUCACUUAACGUUUCUCGUAAUAUCAAGAAACAAAACCUUAAAUUCGGGAGGGGGGCAACGAGAACAGCAGUACCAUGACAAGGGCCGUCACUUUGUUGCAAGCGUGGUCUGCCUUGUAUUUGGUAUAUGGAAUCCGGCUCUCGUAUUUUUUGCGACAAAUUAUUCCGAAACCUUCUUUGCGACAACUAGUAUUUUGGGCCAUCUUUGUAUCAAACUGAGCAAAAACCAAGGAAACAUCGCAAUGUGGUUCAUCGGGAUUGGAUGCUGGAUGGUGGGGUCGUACACUCGGUCCAAUGGCUCGCUGCAGUCCUUAUGGUUACUGCAAGAUGGAUUGUCACACAUAAUACUGUUGUUCCGUCACAGAAACUCUGUUUGUCACAAAGGUGGCACCAACGUUGCAACAAAUCCUAGAACUACGAAUCUGUCAUAUUUGUUUCGGGCAAUCGUGAUUGGUAUUCAAAGCACCAUGGGUGCUGUUUUAGUAACCCUUCCUGUUCGAUAUCAUGACUUAAAAGGUUGGGAUAGGCACUGCGUAGGUGCAGCAGUCCGACCGUCGUGGUGCAGCUACGGUAACGAGAACCCAUCGGUUCUGAGUUCUUCGUUUUCGCUUUAUCGCUACAUUCAAGACAAACACUGGAACGUAGGCUUUUUUCGGUACUACGAAUGGAAGCAGAUUCCGAACUUUCUCCUAGCGGCUCCCAUAAUCACCCUUUCCACAAUAGGAGUAUAUCAAUGGAUCCAUUGGUCUUUAGUAACAGAUUAUGGCAAAGGCAAAUUCCCAUCUUCUCGCGGAAUGCUUUUUGUUGGAUGGCCUCUACACGCUUUGGCAGAAUCUGCAUCUGCGUUCGAUGGACAAGCCUCUAGUGGCACUGUUGCUCAUGGCAGCAGAAACGACACUACAGAACCGGUUUUUGCUCCAUGGAGCCUUCUUCUCGAAAACUCCUCCUUGCUAGGGCACUAUGCAAUCUUGGCUAUUUUGGCAUUUGUUGGGUUAUUCAUUGCCCAUGUGCAAAUAUCAACUCGUAUGAUUUGCUCUGCAUCACCUGCCAUCACAUGGUUUAUUGCAAAUAUUCUUAUGUCACCACCAACGAAUGACGCUGGCACCUCUGUAUCAAAAUACAAUGAAAAAGAGCCAAAAAGUGGUUCGUACGUGGAUAUUCUUCAGGAAAAACGACGUGAUAUAGUAUUGUUUUAUAUCGCUUUAUAUCUGCUUUUGGGAUCGGUAUUACAUGUAAACUUUCUACCCUGGACAUGACGUACAUGGAAGUCUAAAUAUCAAUUAAAAU